CUAACUCUUAAGUUAGCCAUGGGCAAAUUAAAAAGCAUUUGUGUCCUGCUGUGGAUAUGUGGGUACAGUGCCCUGGCCACCACAGAAGAAGGCUAUGCAAGAUCAGUGAGAGAUGCUGCCAUUCUGACCUCUUGUGACUUUAACCAGGAAAGUGCACCCUAUUGUCAGCUCCAGCAGGACGGCAACGACAACAGUGAUUGGACAAGACACCGAGGCCCCACCCCUACACCAGGAACAGGCCCCCCCGGGGACUACCCUGACGGCAAUGGGUUCUACAUCUACCAUGAGUGUGACAAUGUGGCCAACGGGCAGAAGGCUCGUCUUCUCAGCCCGGCCCUCUCCUCCACCUCCACCCAGAUUUGUGUCCAGUUCCACUACUACAUGUACGGCUCAGACAACCAGAACCACCUGCACGUGCUGGCCAAGAGGCCCACCUCGGAGGACAAAGUCUGGGAGAAGACUGGGAUCCAGAGCCCCUCCUGGCUUGGAGCUGCUGUCACUGUGGCCAAACCAGCAGGACAGACCCUAAAUAUUGUGUUUGAGGCACAGCGUGGAUUGUCUGCUUCUUGUGACUCAGCCCUGGAUAACAUUGUCAUUAGUGAGGGAGCUUGUCCAGCCUGUCUGACUGGUUGUGACUUCGACACCACUGAUGAUCUGUGCAGCUGGGAGGCACGUAAACCAUCACAUCCUGACUUGUUUGGUUGGGAGCAGUGGAUUGGCCGAACUGACACAGACGGAUCUGGUCCUGACGAUGACUUCUCCAAACCAGGCUUGGGCCAAUAUCUUCUGAUGGACUCGUUGUUUCGUGUCGCUGGAGAGAAAGUAGAGCUGUGGAGCCCACCCACCACAUCCUCCUCUGGCUGUCUGGACCUUACCUUCCAUUACUACAUGUACGGCACUGCCACCACCAUGAAGCUCAAUGUCCACGCAGUGACCAGCGGAGGAAGCAUCGGUUCCCCUAUCUUCUCCUUGACAGGGAACAAGGGCCAGGGUUGGAAGCCUGCAGAGAUACGCUACCUUGGCUCAGAUAACAUGCAGUUUGUGAUCGUUGGCUUCUACGGUGAGACCCCUGAGACAGACAUCGCUAUAGACGCUGUAUGCAUCACAGAAUGUACAGCUCCUCCACCAACUACACCAAAACCUCCAACACCGGGAUCAACUACAUCAGCACCAGGAACAACUACUCCCAAACCCUCAACCCCCAAGCCUUCUACACCAAAACCACCAACCACAAAACCACCAGUGACGUGCCCUCCCAAUGCUGAGUAUAUAGAGUGUGGCCCUGCCUGCAUCCCCAGCUGUAAGGAACCCUCCACCAACUGCACUGGCUCCUGUAUCAGCGCGUGUUUCUGUAAGCCAGGCUUUGUGUUCAAAGGCAGACGCUGUGUCCCCAUAGAAACAUGUGGCUGUCUGGAGGGAGGUGACUACUAUGAGCCAGGAGAGAUCAUCUUUGGUGACGGCUGCUCCAAGCUGUGUCGUUGUGCUGGAAACUACAUCUUGGACUGUGUGGACAACUCCUGCUCUCCCACAGAGGAGUGUCGCAACGGAGCCUGCUAUCCUAAAGACACCUCUACCUGUAUCGCGUCUGGUGACCCUCACUACACCACCUUCGACAAGAAGAAGUACAACUUCAUGGGGAACUGCAGCUACCUGAUGUCAGAGCCCUGUAACCACACGUCAGUGCCUCACUACGAGGUGCAUGCUGACAACGAGAACCGCUUCAACAAACCAACCAUCUCCUACCUGAAGGCUGUGCAUGUGUACGUGCGUGGGGUGAAGAUCUCCAUCUUGAAGGGAGGCACCGUGCAGUUGGAUGGUAUCAAUGUGAACAUCCCACUGACCCCAGCUACAGGCGUGUCUGUUUUGAAGUCUGGUAAACACUACACUGUAGCCAUGGACUUUGGUGUGACCGUACGAUAUGACGGAAACCACUAUAUGGACAUCAAGGUCAUCAAGGACUAUAAGGACAAGCUGUGUGGACUGUGUGGAGACUACAACGGAAACUCCAACGAUGACUUCAGGAAACCCGACGGUUCUCUGACCACCAACCCCAAUGACUUUGGACACAGCUGGGUCACAGAUCCCAAUUGUAACAAGAAGCCCAACACCACCAUCCCAGGCUGUACUGAUGAUGAACUGGACAGGUAUGAGAGCUCUGGCUACUGCGGCAUGCUACUGGACAAGAACGGACCGUUCGCUGUCUGUCACCCCAAGGUCAACCCCAAUAGUUUCUUCAAGGACUGUCUGUUUGACCUGUGCGAGCUGGAUGUUGCUCAACCCAUCCUGUGUGAGUCCAUCGAGUCGUACGUCAACGACUGUCAGGACCGAGGAGUCACCAUCGGAACCUGGAGGAACAGCACCUUCUGCCCUCUGACAUGCCCCCCCAACAGUCAGUACGUGCCCUGUGCCGCCCCUUGCCAGCCCACCUGUGCCUCCAGACCCUCCACAGGGUGUGAUGCUCCCUGUUCAGAGGGCUGUGUGUGUGACCCUGGUUACGUCCUCAGCGCUGGGAUGUGUGUCAAAGAGAACUCCUGUGGCUGCAAAGGCACCAACGGACAGUACUACGAGCCUGGUGAGGAGUGGUACCUGGAGGACUGUAAGCUGAAAUGUUAUUGUAAUGCUCCCUUCGUCACCUGCAAUCCCUCUGAUUGCCCUCCAAUGCACGAGUGUAAGGUCCAGGGAGGAGAGCUGGACUGCUACCCUACAAUCAAACCAACUACUGCCAUACCAACUACACCUAAACCAACUACUCCCAAACCUACUACCACAAAACCACCAGUGACGUGCCCUCCCAAUGCUGAGUAUAUAGAGUGUGGCCCUGCCUGCAUCCCCAGCUGUAAGGAACCCUCCACCAACUGCACUGGCUCCUGUAUCAGCGCGUGUUUCUGUAAGCCAGGCUUUGUGUUCAAAGGCAGACGCUGUGUCCCCAUAGAAACAUGUGGCUGUCUGGAGGGAGGUGACUACUAUGAGCCAGGAGAGAUCAUCUUUGGUGACGGCUGCUCCAAGCUGUGUCGUUGUGCUGGAAACUACAUCUUGGACUGUGUGGACAACUCCUGCUCUCCCACAGAGGAGUGUCGCAACGGAGCCUGCUAUCCUAAAGACACCUCUACCUGUAUCGCGUCUGGUGACCCUCACUACACCACCUUCGACAAGAAGAAGUACAACUUCAUGGGGAACUGCAGCUACCUGAUGUCAGAGCCCUGUAACCACACGUCAGUGCCUCACUACGAGGUGCAUGCUGACAACGAGAACCGCUUCAACAAACCAACCAUCUCCUACCUGAAGGCUGUGCAUGUGUACGUGCGUGGGGUGAAGAUCUCCAUCUUGAAGGGAGGCACCGUGCAGUUGGAUGGUAUCAAUGUGAACAUCCCACUGACCCCAGCUACAGGCGUGUCUGUUUUGAAGUCUGGUAAACACUACACUGUAGCCAUGGACUUUGGUGUGACUGUACGAUAUGACGGAACCCACUAUAUGGACAUCAAGGUCAUCAAGGAUUUUGUUGUAAACAAGAAGCCCAACACCACCAUCCCAGCUUGUACUGAUGAUGAACUGGACAGUAUGAAGAGCUCUGGCUACUGCGGCAUGCUACUGGACAAGAACGGACCGUUCGCUGUCUGUCACCACAAGGUCAACCCAAUGAUGAGUAACUACCGACCGAGGGGAGUCACCAUCGGAACCUGGAGGAACAGCACCUUCUGCCCUCUGACAUGCCCCCCCAACAGUCAGUACGUGCCCUGUGCCGCCCCUUGCCAGCCCACCUGUGCCUCCAGACCCUCCACAGGGUGUGAUGCUCCCUGUUCAGAGGGCUGUGUGUGUGACCCUGGUUACGUCCUCAGCGCUGGGAAGUGUGUCAAAGAGAACUCCUGUGGCUGCAAAGGCACCAACGGACAGUACUACGAGCCUGGUGAGGAGUGGUACCUGGAGGACUGUAAGCUGAAAUGUUAUUGUAACGCUCCCUUCGUCACCUGCAAUCCCUCUGAUUGCCCUCCAAUGCACGAGUGUAAGGUCCAGGGAGGAGAGCUGGACUGCUACCCUACAAUCAAACCAACUACUGCCAUACCAACUACACCUAAACCAACUACUCCCAAACCUACUACCACAAAACCACCAGUGACGUGCCCUCCCAAUGCUGAGUAUAUAGAGUGUGGCCCUGCCUGCAUCCCCAGCUGUAAGGAACCCUCCACCAACUGCACUGGCUCCUGUAUCAGCGCGUGUUUCUGUAAGCCAGGCUUUGUGUUCAAAGGCAGACGCUGUGUCCCCAUAGAAACAUGUGGCUGUCUGGAGGGAGGUGACUACUAUGAGCCAGGAGAGAUCAUCUUUGGUGACGGCUGCUCCAAGCUGUGUCGUUGUGCUGGAAACUACAUCUUGGACUGUGUGGACAACUCCUGCUCUCCCACAGAGGAGUGUCGCAACGGAGCCUGCUAUCCUAAAGACACCUCUACCUGUAUCGCGUCUGGUGACCCUCACUACACCACCUUCGACAAGAAGAAGUACAACUUCAUGGGGAACUGCAGCUACCUGAUGUCAGAGCCCUGUAACCACAUGUCAGUGCCUCACUACGAGGUGCAUGCUGACAACGAGAACCGCUUCAACAAACCAACCAUCUCCUACCUGAAGGCUGUGCAUGUGUACGUGCGUGGGGUGAAGAUCUCCAUCUUGAAGGGAGGCACCGUGCAGUUGGAUGGUAUCAAUGUGAACAUCCCACUGACCCCAGCUACAGGCGUGUCUGUUUUGAAGUCUGGUAAACACUACACUAUAGCCAUGGACUUUGGUGUGACCGUACGAUAUGACGGAAACCACUAUAUGGACAUCAAGGUCAUCAAGGACUAUAAGGACAAGCUGUGUGGACUGUGUGGAGACUACAACGGAAACUCCAACGAUGACUUCAGGAAACCCGACGGUUCUCUGACCACCAACCCCAAUGACUUUGGACACAGCUGGGUCACAGAUCCCAAUUGUAACAAGAAGCCCAACACCACCAUCCCAGGCUGUACUGAUGAUGAACUGGACAGGUAUGAGAGCUCUGGCUACUGCGGCAUGCUACUGGACAAGAACGGACCGUUCGCUGUCUGUCACCCCAAGGUCAACCCCAAUAGUUUCUUCAAGGACUGUCUGUUUGACCUGUGCGAGCUGGAUGGUGCUCAACCCAUCCUGUGUGAGUCCAUCGAGUCGUACGUCAACGACUGUCAGGACCGAGGAGUCACCAUCGGAACCUGGAGGAACAGCACCUUCUGCCCUCUGACAUGCCCCCCCAACAGUCAGUACGUGCCCUGUGCCGCCCCUUGCCAGCCCACCUGUGCCUCCAGACCCUCCACAGGGUGUGAUGCUCCCUGUUCAGAGGGCUGUGUGUGUGACCCUGGUUACGUCCUCAGCGCUGGGAAGUGUGUCAAAGAGAACUCCUGUGGCUGCAAAGGCACCAACGGACAGUACUACGAGCCUGGUGAGGAGUGGUACCUGGAGGACUGUAAGCUGAAAUGUUAUUGUAACGCUCCCUUCGUCACCUGCAAUCCCUCUGAUUGCCCUCCAAUGCACGAGUGUAAGGUCCAGGGAGGAGAGCUGGACUGCUACCCUACAAUCAAACCAACUACUGCCAUACCAACUACACCUAAACCAACUACUCCCAAACCUACUACCACAAAACCACCAGUGACGUGCCCUCCCAAUGCUGAGUAUAUAGAGUGUGGCCCUGCCUGCAUCCCCAGCUGUAAGGAACCCUCCACCAACUGCACUGGCUCCUGUAUCAGCGCGUGUUUCUGUAAGCCAGGCUUUGUGUUCAAAGGCAGACGCUGUGUCCCCAUAGAAACAUGUGGCUGUCUGGAGGGAGGUGACUACUAUGAGCCAGGAGAGAUCAUCUUUGGUGACGGCUGCUCCAAGCUGUGUCGUUGUGCUGGAAACUACAUCUUGGACUGUGUGGACAACUCCUGCUCUCCCACAGAGGAGUGUCGCAACGGAGCCUGCUAUCCUAAAGACACCUCUACCUGUAUCGCGUCUGGUGACCCUCACUACACCACCUUCGACAAGAAGAAGUACAACUUCAUGGGGAACUGCAGCUACCUGAUGUCAGAGCCCUGUAACCACACGUCAGUGCCUCACUACGAGGUGCAUGCUGACAACGAGAACCGCUUCAACAAACCAACCAUCUCCUACCUGAAGGCUGUGCAUGUGUACGUGCGUGGGGUGAAGAUCUCCAUCUUGAAGGGAGGCACCGUGCAGUUGGAUGGUAUCAAUGUGAACAUCCCACUGACCCCAGCUACAGGCGUGUCUGUUUUGAAGUCUGGUAAACACUACACUGUAGCCAUGGACUUUGGUGUGACCGUACGAUAUGACGGAAACCACUAUAUGGACAUCAAGGUCAUCAAGGACUAUAAGGACAAGCUGUGUGGACUGUGUGGAGACUACAACGGAAACUCCAACGAUGACUUCAGGAAACCCGACGGUUCUCUGACCACCAACCCCAAUGACUUUGGACACAGCUGGGUCACAGAUCCCAAUUGUAACAAGAAGCCCAACACCACCAUCCCAGGCUGUACUGAUGAUGAACUGGACAGGUAUGAGAGCUCUGGCUACUGCGGCAUGCUACUGGACAAGAACGGACCGUUCGCUGUCUGUCACCCCAAAGUCAACCCCAAUAGUUUCUUCAAGGACUGUCUGUUUGACCUGUGCGAGCUGGAUGGUGCUCAACCCAUCCUGUGUGAGUCCAUCGAGUCGUACGUCAACGACUGUCAGGACCGAGGAGUCACCAUCGGAACCUGGAGGAACAGCACCUUCUGCCCUCUGACAUGCCCCCCCAACAGUCAGUACGUGCCCUGUGCCGCCCCUUGCCAGCCCACCUGUGCCUCCAGACCCUCCACAGGGUGUGAUGCUCCCUGUUCAGAGGGCUGUGUGUGUGACCCUGGUUACGUCCUCAGCGCUGGGAAGUGUGUCAAAGAGAACUCCUGUGGCUGCAAAGGCACCAACGGACAGUACUACGAGCCUGGUGAGGAGUGGUACCUGGAGGACUGUAAGCUGAAAUGUUAUUGUAACGCUCCCUUCGUCACCUGCAAUCCCUCUGAUUGCCCUCCAAUGCACGAGUGUAAGGUCCAGGGAGGAGAGCUGGACUGCUACCCUACAAUCAAACCAACUACUGCCAUACCAACUACACCUAAACCAACUACUCCCAAACCUACUACCACAAAACCACCAGUGACGUGCCCUCCCAAUGCUGAGUAUAUAGAGUGUGGCCCUGCCUGCAUCCCCAGCUGUAAGGAACCCUCCACCAACUGCACUGGCUCCUGUAUCAGCGCGUGUUUCUGUAAGCCAGGCUUUGUGUUCAAAGGCAGACGCUGUGUCCCCAUAGAAACAUGUGGCUGUCUGGAGGGAGGUGACUACUAUGAGCCAGGAGAGAUCAUCUUUGGUGACGGCUGCUCCAAGCUGUGUCGUUGUGCUGGAAACUACAUCUUGGACUGUGUGGACAACUCCUGCUCUCCCACAGAGGAGUGUCGCAACGGAGCCUGCUAUCCUAAAGACACCUCUACCUGUAUCGCGUCUGGUGACCCUCACUACACCACCUUCGACAAGAAGAAGUACAACUUCAUGGGGAACUGCAGCUACCUGAUGUCAGAGCCCUGUAACCACACGUCAGUGCCUCACUACGAGGUGCAUGCUGACAACGAGAACCGCUUCAACAAACCAACCAUCUCCUACCUGAAGGCUGUGCAUGUGUACGUGCGUGGGGUGAAGAUCUCCAUCUUGAAGGGAGGCACCGUGCAGUUGGAUGGUAUCAAUGUGAACAUCCCACUGACCCCAGCUACAGGCGUGUCUGUUUUGAAGUCUGGUAAACACUACACUGUAGCCAUGGACUUUGGUGUGACCGUACGAUAUGACGGAAACCACUAUAUGGACAUCAAGGUCAUCAAGGACUAUAAGGACAAGCUGUGUGGACUGUGUGGAGACUACAACGGAAACUCCAACGAUGACUUCAGGAAACCCGACGGUUCUCUGACCACCAACCCCAAUGACUUUGGACACAGCUGGGUCACAGAUCCCAAUUGUAACAAGAAGCCCAACACCACCAUCCCAGGCUGUACUGAUGAUGAACUGGACAGGUAUGAGAGCUCUGGCUACUGCGGCAUGCUACUGGACAAGAACGGACCGUUCGCUGUCUGUCACCCCAAGGUCAACCCCAAUAGUUUCUUCAAGGACUGUCUGUUUGACCUGUGCGAGCUGGAUGGUGCUCAACCCAUCCUGUGUGAGUCCAUCGAGUCGUACGUCAACGACUGUCAGGACCGAGGAGUCACCAUCGGAACCUGGAGGAACAGCACCUUCUGCCCUCUGACAUGCCCCCCCAACAGUCAGUACGUGCCCUGUGCCGCCCCUUGCCAGCCCACCUGUGCCUCCAGACCCUCCACAGGGUGUGAUGCUCCCUGUUCAGAGGGCUGUGUGUGUGACCCUGGUUACGUCCUCAGCGCUGGGAAGUGUGUCAAAGAGAACUCCUGUGGCUGCAAAGGCACCAACGGACAGUACUACGAGCCUGGUGAGGAGUGGUACCUGGAGGACUGUAAGCUGAAAUGUUAUUGUAACGCUCCCUUCGUCACCUGCAAUCCCUCUGAUUGCCCUCCAAUGCACGAGUGUAAGGUCCAGGGAGGAGAGCUGGACUGCUACCCUACAAUCAAACCAACUACUCCCAUACCAACUACACCUAAACCAACUACUCCCAAACCUACUACCACAAAACCACCAGUGACGUGCCCUCCCAAUGCUGAGUAUAUAGAGUGUGGCCCUGCCUGCAUCCCCAGCUGUAAGGAACCCUCCACCAACUGCACUGGCUCCUGUAUCAGCGCGUGUUUCUGUAAGCCAGGCUUUGUGUUCAAAGGCAGACGCUGUGUCCCCAUAGAAACAUGUGGCUGUCUGGAGGGAGGUGACUACUAUGAGCCAGGAGAGAUCAUCUUUGGUGACGGCUGCUCCAAGCUGUGUCGUUGUGCUGGAAACUACAUCUUGGACUGUGUGGACAACUCCUGCUCUCCCACAGAGGAGUGUCGCAACGGAGCCUGCUAUCCUAAAGACACCUCUACCUGUAUCGCGUCUGGUGACCCUCACUACACCACCUUCGACAAGAAGAAGUACAACUUCAUGGGGAACUGCAGCUACCUGAUGUCAGAGCCCUGUAACCACACGUCAGUGCCUCACUACGAGGUGCAUGCUGACAACGAGAACCGCUUCAACAAACCAACCAUCUCCUACCUGAAGGCUGUGCAUGUGUACGUGCGUGGGGUGAAGAUCUCCAUCUUGAAGGGAGGCACCGUGCAGUUGGAUGGUAUCAAUGUGAACAUCCCACUGACCCCAGCUACAGGCGUGUCUGUUUUGAAGUCUGGUAAACACUACACUGUAGCCAUGGACUUUGGUGUGACCGUACGAUAUGACGGAAACCACUAUAUGGACAUCAAGGUCAUCAAGGACUAUAAGGACAAGCUGUGUGGACUGUGUGGAGACUACAACGGAAACUCCAACGAUGACUUCAGGAAACCCGACGGUUCUCUGACCACCAACCCCAAUGACUUUGGACACAGCUGGGUCACAGAUCCCAAUUGUAACAAGAAGCCCAACACCACCAUCCCAGGCUGUACUGAUGAUGAACUGGACAGGUAUGAGAGCUCUGGCUACUGCGGCAUGCUACUGGACAAGAACGGACCGUUCGCUGUCUGUCACCCCAAGGUCAACCCCAAUAGUUUCUUCAAGGACUGUCUGUUUGACCUGUGCGAGCUGGAUGGUGCUCAACCCAUCCUGUGUGAGUCCAUCGAGUCGUACGUCAACGACUGUCAGGACCGAGGAGUCACCAUCGGAACCUGGAGGAACAGCACCUUCUGCCCUCUGACAUGCCCCCCCAACAGUCAGUACGUGCCCUGUGCCGCCCCUUGCCAGCCCACCUGUGCAUCCAGACCCUCCACAGGGUGUGAUGCUCCCUGUUCAGAGGGCUGUGUGUGUGACCCUGGUUACGUCCUCAGCGCUGGGAAGUGUGUCAAAGAGAACUCCUGUGGCUGCAAAGGCACCAACGGACAGUACUACGAGCCUGGUGAGGAGUGGUACCUGGAGGACUGUAAGCUGAAAUGUUAUUGUAACGCUCCCUUCGUCACCUGCAAUCCCUCUGAUUGCCCUCCAAUGCACGAGUGUAAGGUCCAGGGAGGAGAGCUGGACUGCUACCCUACAAUCAAACCAACUACUCCCAUACCAACUACACCUAAACCAACUACUCCCAAACCUACUACCACAAAACCACCAGUGACGUGCCCUCCCAAUGCUGAGUAUAUAGAGUGUGGCCCUGCAUGCAUCCCCAGCUGUAAGGAACCCUCCACCAACUGCACUGGCUCCUGUAUCAGCGCGUGUUUCUGUAAGCCAGGCUUUGUGUUCAAAGGCAGACGCUGUGUCCCCAUAGAAACAUGUGGCUGUCUGGAGGGAGGUGACUACUAUGAGCCAGGAGAGAUCAUCUUUGGUGACGGCUGCUCCAAGCUGUGUCGUUGUGCUGGAAACUACAUCUUGGACUGUGUGGACAACUCCUGCUCUCCCACAGAGGAGUGUCGCAACGGAGCCUGCUAUCCUAAAGACACCUCUACCUGUAUCGCGUCUGGUGACCCUCACUACACCACCUUCGACAAGAAGAAGUACAACUUCAUGGGGAACUGCAGCUACCUGAUGUCAGAGCCCUGUAACCACACGUCAGUGCCUCACUACGAGGUGCAUGCUGACAACGAGAACCGCUUCAACAAACCAACCAUCUCCUACCUGAAGGCUGUGCAUGUGUACGUGCGUGGGGUGAAGAUCUCCAUCUUGAAGGGAGGCACCGUGCAGUUGGAUGGUAUCAAUGUGAACAUCCCACUGACCCCAGCUACAGGCGUGUCUGUUUUGAAGUCUGGUAAACACUACACUGUAGCCAUGGACUUUGGUGUGACCGUACGAUAUGACGGAAACCACUAUAUGGACAUCAAGGUCAUCAAGGACUAUAAGGACAAGCUGUGUGGACUGUGUGGAGACUACAACGGAAACUCCAACGAUGACUUCAGGAAACCCGACGGUUCUCUGACCACCAACCCCAAUGACUUUGGACACAGCUGGGUCACAGAUCCCAAUUGUAACAAGAAGCCCAACACCACCAUCCCAGGCUGUACUGAUGAUGAACUGGACAGGUAUGAGAGCUCUGGCUACUGCGGCAUGCUACUGGACAAGAACGGACCGUUCGCUGUCUGUCACCCCAAGGUCAACCCCAAUAGUUUCUUCAAGGACUGUCUGUUUGACCUGUGCGAGCUGGAUGGUGCUCAACCCAUCCUGUGUGAGUCCAUCGAGUCGUACGUCAACGACUGUCAGGACCGAGGAGUCACCAUCGGAACCUGGAGGAACAGCACCUUCUGCCCUCUGACAUGCCCCCCCAACAGUCAGUACGUGCCCUGUGCCGCCCCUUGCCAGCCCACCUGUGCCUCCAGACCCUCCACAGGGUGUGAUGCUCCCUGUUCAGAGGGCUGUGUGUGUGACCCUGGUUACGUCCUCAGCGCUGGGAAGUGUGUCAAAGAGAACUCCUGUGGCUGCAAAGGCACCAACGGACAGUACUACGAGCCUGGUGAGGAGUGGUACCUGGAGGACUGUAAGCUGAAAUGUUAUUGUAACGCUCCCUUCGUCACCUGCAAUCCCUCUGAUUGCCCUCCAAUGCACGAGUGUAAGGUCCAGGGAGGAGAGCUGGACUGCUACCCUACAAUCAAACCAACUACUGCCAUACCAACUACACCUAAACCAACUACUCCCAAACCUACUACCACAAAACCACCAGUGACGUGCCCUCCCAAUGCUGAGUAUAUAGAGUGUGGCCCUGCCUGCAUCCCCAGCUGUAAGGAACCCUCCACCAACUGCACUGGCUCCUGUAUCAGCGCGUGUUUCUGUAAGCCAGGCUUUGUGUUCAAAGGCAGACGCUGUGUCCCCAUAGAAACAUGUGGCUGUCUGGAGGGAGGUGACUACUAUGAGCCAGGAGAGAUCAUCUUUGGUGACGGCUGCUCCAAGCUGUGUCGUUGUGCUGGAAACUACAUCUUGGACUGUGUGGACAACUCCUGCUCUCCCACAGAGGAGUGUCGCAACGGAGCCUGCUAUCCUAAAGACACCUCUACCUGUAUCGCGUCUGGUGACCCUCACUACACCACCUUCGACAAGAAGAAGUACAACUUCAUGGGGAACUGCAGCUACCUGAUGUCAGAGCCCUGUAACCACAUGUCAGUGCCUCACUACGAGGUGCAUGCUGACAACGAGAACCGCUUCAACAAACCAACCAUCUCCUACCUGAAGGCUGUGCAUGUGUACGUGCGUGGGGUGAAGAUCUCCAUCUUGAAGGGAGGCACCGUGCAGUUGGAUGGUAUCAAUGUGAACAUCCCACUGACCCCAGCUACAGGCGUGUCUGUUUUGAAGUCUGGUAAACACUACACUGUAGCCAUGGACUUUGGUGUGACCGUACGAUAUGACGGAACCCACUAUAUGGACAUCAAGGUCAUCAAGGACUAUAAGGACAAGCUGUGUGGACUGUGUGGAGACUACAACGGAAACUCCAACGAUGACUUCAGGAAACCCGACGGUUCUCUGACCACCAACCCCAAUGACUUUGGACACAGCUGGGUCACAGAUCCCAAUUGUAACAAGAAGCCCAACACCACCAUCCCAGGCUGUACUGAUGAUGAACUGGACAGGUAUGAGAGCUCUGGCUACUGCGGCAUGCUACUGGACAAGAACGGACCGUUCGCUGUCUGUCACCCCAAGGUCAACCCCAAUAGUUUCUUCAAGGACUGUCUGUUUGACCUGUGCGAGCUGGAUGGUGCUCAACCCAUCCUGUGUGAGUCCAUCGAGUCGUACGUCAACGACUGUCAGGACCGAGGAGUCACCAUCGGAACCUGGAGGAACAGCACCUUCUGCCCUCUGACAUGCCCCCCCAACAGUCAGUACGUGCCCUGUGCCGCCCCUUGCCAGCCCACCUGUGCCUCCAGACCCUCCACAGGGUGUGAUGCUCCCUGUUCAGAGGGCUGUGUGUGUGACCCUGGUUACGUCCUCAGCGCUGGGAAGUGUGUCAAAGAGAACUCCUGUGGCUGCAAAGGCACCAACGGACAGUACUACGAGCCUGGUGAGGAGUGGUACCUGGAGGACUGUAAGCUGAAAUGUUAUUGUAACGCUCCCUUCGUCACCUGCAAUCCCUCUGAUUGCCCUCCAAUGCACGAGUGUAAGGUCCAGGGAGGAGAGCUGGACUGCUACCCUACAAUCAAACCAACUACUGCCAUACCAACUACACCUAAACCAACUACUCCCAAACCUACUACCACAAAACCACCAGUGACGUGCCCUCCCAAUGCUGAGUAUAUAGAGUGUGGCCCUGCCUGCAUCCCCAGCUGUAAGGAACCCUCCACCAACUGCACUGGCUCCUGUAUCAGCGCGUGUUUCUGUAAGCCAGGCUUUGUGUUCAAAGGCAGACGCUGUGUCCCCAUAGAAACAUGUGGCUGUCUGGAGGGAGGUGACUACUAUGAGCCAGGAGAGAUCAUCUUUGGUGACGGCUGCUCCAAGCUGUGUCGUUGUGCUGGAAACUACAUCUUGGACUGUGUGGACAACUCCUGCUCUCCCACAGAGGAGUGUCGCAACGGAGCCUGCUAUCCUAAAGACACCUCUACCUGUAUCGCGUCUGGUGACCCUCACUACACCACCUUCGACAAGAAGAAGUACAACUUCAUGGGGAACUGCAGCUACCUGAUGUCAGAGCCCUGUAACCACACGUCAGUGCCUCACUACGAGGUGCAUGCUGACAACGAGAACCGCUUCAACAAACCAACCAUCUCCUACCUGAAGGCUGUGCAUGUGUACGUGCGUGGGGUGAAGAUCUCCAUCUUGAAGGGAGGCACCGUGCAGUUGGAUGGUAUCAAUGUGAACAUCCCACUGACCCCAGCUACAGGCGUGUCUGUUUUGAAGUCUGGUAAACACUACACUGUAGCCAUGGACUUUGGUGUGACCGUACGAUAUGACGGAAACCACUAUAUGGACAUCAAGGUCAUCAAGGACUAUAAGGACAAGCUGUGUGGACUGUGUGGAGACUACAACGGAAACUCCAACGAUGACUUCAGGAAACCCGACGGUUCUCUGACCACCAACCCCAAUGACUUUGGACACAGCUGGGUCACAGAUCCCAAUUGUAACAAGAAGCCCAACACCACCAUCCCAGGCUGUACUGAUGAUGAACUGGACAGGUAUGAGAGCUCUGGCUACUGCGGCAUGCUACUGGACAAGAACGGACCGUUCGCUGUCUGUCACCCCAAGGUCAACCCCAAUAGUUUCUUCAAGGACUGUCUGUUUGACCUGUGCGAGCUGGAUGGUGCUCAACCCAUCCUGUGUGAGUCCAUCGAGUCGUACGUCAACGACUGUCAGGACCGAGGAGUCACCAUCGGAACCUGGAGGAACAGCACCUUCUGCCCUCUGACAUGCCCCCCCAACAGUCAGUACGUGCCCUGUGCCGCCCCUUGCCAGCCCACCUGUGCCUCCAGACCCUCCACAGGGUGUGAUGCUCCCUGUUCAGAGGGCUGUGUGUGUGACCCUGGUUACGUCCUCAGCGCUGGGAAGUGUGUCAAAGAGAACUCCUGUGGCUGCAAAGGCACCAACGGACAGUACUACGAGCCUGGUGAGGAGUGGUACCUGGAGGACUGUAAGCUGAAAUGUUAUUGUAACGCUCCCUUCGUCACCUGCAAUCCCUCUGAUUGCCCUCCAAUGCACGAGUGUAAGGUCCAGGGAGGAGAGCUGGACUGCUACCCUACAAUCAAACCAACUACUCCCAUACCAACUACACCUAAACCAACUACUCCCAAACCUACUACCACAAAACCACCAGUGACGUGCCCUCCCAAUGCUGAGUAUAUAGAGUGUGGCCCUGCCUGCAUCCCCAGCUGUAAGGAACCCUCCACCAACUGCACUGGCUCCUGUAUCAGCGCGUGUUUCUGUAAGCCAGGCUUUGUGUUCAAAGGCAGACGCUGUGUCCCCAUAGAAACAUGUGGCUGUCUGGAGGGAGGUGACUACUAUGAGCCAGGAGAGAUCAUCUUUGGUGACGGCUGCUCCAAGCUGUGUCGUUGUGCUGGAAACUACAUCUUGGACUGUGUGGACAACUCCUGCUCUCCCACAGAGGAGUGUCGCAACGGAGCCUGCUAUCCUAAAGACACCUCUACCUGUAUCGCGUCUGGUGACCCUCACUACACCACCUUCGACAAGAAGAAGUACAACUUCAUGGGGAACUGCAGCUACCUGAUGUCAGAGCCCUGUAACCACACGUCAGUGCCUCACUACGAGGUGCAUGCUGACAACGAGAACCGCUUCAACAAACCAACCAUCUCCUACCUGAAGGCUGUGCAUGUGUACGUGCGUGGGGUGAAGAUCUCCAUCUUGAAGGGAGGCACCGUGCAGUUGGAUGGUAUCAAUGUGAACAUCCCACUGACCCCAGCUACAGGCGUGUCUGUUUUGAAGUCUGGUAAACACUACACUGUAGCCAUGGACUUUGGUGUGACCGUACGAUAUGACGGAAACCACUAUAUGGACAUCAAGGUCAUCAAGGACUAUAAGGACAAGCUGUGUGGACUGUGUGGAGACUACAACGGAAACUCCAACGAUGACUUCAGGAAACCCGACGGUUCUCUGACCACCAACCCCAAUGACUUUGGACACAGCUGGGUCACAGAUCCCAAUUGUAACAAGAAGCCCAACACCACCAUCCCAGGCUGUACUGAUGAUGAACUGGACAGGUAUGAGAGCUCUGGCUACUGCGGCAUGCUACUGGACAAGAACGGACCGUUCGCUGUCUGUCACCCCAAGGUCAACCCCAAUAGUUUCUUCAAGGACUGUCUGUUUGACCUGUGCGAGCUGGAUGGUGCUCAACCCAUCCUGUGUGAGUCCAUCGAGUCGUACGUCAACGACUGUCAGGACCGAGGAGUCACCAUCGGAACCUGGAGGAACAGCACCUUCUGCCCUCUGACAUGCCCCCCCAACAGUCAGUACGUGCCCUGUGCCGCCCCUUGCCAGCCCACCUGUGCCUCCAGACCCUCCACAGGGUGUGAUGCUCCCUGUUCAGAGGGCUGUGUGUGUGACCCUGGUUACGUCCUCAGCGCUGGGAAGUGUGUCAAAGAGAACUCCUGUGGCUGCAAAGGCACCAACGGACAGUACUACGAGCCUGGUGAGGAGUGGUACCUGGAGGACUGUAAGCUGAAAUGUUAUUGUAACGCUCCCUUCGUCACCUGCAAUCCCUCUGAUUGCCCUCCAAUGCACGAGUGUAAGGUCCAGGGAGGAGAGCUGGACUGCUACCCUACAAUCAAACCAACUACUGCCAUACCAACUACACCUAAACCAACUACUCCCAAACCUACUACCACAAAACCACCAGUGACGUGCCCUCCCAAUGCUGAGUAUAUAGAGUGUGGCCCUGCCUGCAUCCCCAGCUGUAAGGAACCCUCCACCAACUGCACUGGCUCCUGUAUCAGCGCGUGUUUCUGUAAGCCAGGCUUUGUGUUCAAAGGCAGACGCUGUGUCCCCAUAGAAACAUGUGGCUGUCUGGAGGGAGGUGACUACUAUGAGCCAGGAGAGAUCAUCUUUGGUGACGGCUGCUCCAAGCUGUGUCGUUGUGCUGGAAACUACAUCUUGGACUGUGUGGACAACUCCUGCUCUCCCACAGAGGAGUGUCGCAACGGAGCCUGCUAUCCUAAAGACACCUCUACCUGUAUCGCGUCUGGUGACCCUCACUACACCACCUUCGACAAGAAGAAGUACAACUUCAUGGGACUGCAGCUACCUGAUGUCAGAGCCCUGCUGUGGCAUGUGUACGUGCGUGGGGUGAAGAUCUCCAUCUUGAAGGGAGGCACCGUGCAGUUGGAUGGUAUCAAUGUGAACAUCCCACUGACCCCAGCUACAGGCGUGUCUGUUUUGAAGUCUGACACCUCUACCUGUAUCGCGUCUGGUGACCCUCACUACACCACCUUCGACAAGAAGAAGUACAACUUCAUGGGGAACUGCAGCUACCUGAUGUCAGAGCCCUGUAACCACACGUCAGUGCCUCACUACGAGGUGCAUGCUGACAACGAGAACCGCUUCAACAAACCAACCAUCUCCUACCUGAAGGCUGUGCAUGUGUACGUGCGUGGGGUGAAGAUCUCCAUCUUGAAGGGAGGCACCGUGCAGUUGGAUGGUAUCAAUGUGAAUCCCACGACCCAGCUACAGGCGGUGUCUGUUUUGAAGUCUGGUAAACACUACACUUGUAACAAGAAGCCCAACACCACCAUCCCAGGCUGUACUGAUGAUGAACUGGACAGGUAUGAGAGCUCUGGCUACUGCGGCAUGCUACUGGACAAGAACGGACCGUUCGCUGUCUGUCACCCCAAGAGGUUCUUCAAGGACUGUCUGUUUGACCUGUGCGAGCUGGAUGGUGCUCAACCCAUCCUGUGUGAGUCCAUCGAGUCGUACGUCAACGACUGUCAGGACCGAGGAGUCACCAUCGGAACCUGGAGGAACAGCACCUUCUGCCCUCUGACAUGCCCCCCCAACAGUCAGUACGUGCCCUGUGCCGCCCCUUGCCAGCCCACCUGUGCCUCCAGACCCUCCACAGGGUGUGAUGCUCCCUGUUCAGAGGGCUGUGUGUGUGACCCUGGUUACGUCCUCAGCGCUGGGAAGUGUGUCAAAGAGAACUCCUGUGGCUGCAAAGGCACCAACGGACAGUACUACGAGCCUGGUGAGGAGUGGUACUGGAGGACUCCGCGGUGUUUCUGUAAGCCAGGCUUUGUGUUCAAAGGCAGACGCUGUGUCCCCAUAGAAACAUGUGGCUGUCUGGAGGGAGGUGACUACUAUGAGCCAGGAGAGAUCAUCUUUGGUGACGGCUGCUCCAAGCUGUGUCGUUGUGCUGGAAACUACAUCUUGGACUGUGUGGACAACUCCUGCUCUCCCACAGAGGAGUGUCGCAACGGAGCCUGCUAUCCUAAAGACACCUCUACCUGUAUCGCGUCUGGUGACCCUCACUACACCACCUUCGACAAGAAGAAGUACAACUUCAUGGGGAACUGCAGCUACCUGAUGUCAGAGCCCUGUAACCACACGUCAGUGCCUCACUACGAGGUGCAUGCUGACAACGAGAACCGCUUCAACAAACCAACCAUCUCCUACCUGAAGGCUGUGCAUGUGUACGUGCGUGGGGUGAAGAUCUCCAUCUUGAAGGGAGGCACCGUGCAGUUGGAUGGUAUCAAUGUGAACAUCCCACUGACCCCAGCUACAGGCGUGUCUGUUUUGAAGUCUGGUAAACACUACACUGUAGCCAUGGACUUUGGUGUGACCGUACGAUAUGACGGAAACCACUAUAUGGACAUCAAGGUCAUCAAGGACUAUAAGGACAAGCUGUGUGGACUGUGUGGAGACUACAACGGAAACUCCAACGAUGACUUCAGGAAACCCGACGGUUCUCUGACCACCAACCCCAAUGACUUUGGACACAGCUGGGUCACAGAUCCCAAUUGUAACAAGAAGCCCAACACCACCAUCCCAGGCUGUACUGAUGAUGAACUGGACAGGUAUGAGAGCUCUGGCUACUGCGGCAUGCUACUGGACAAGAACGGACCGUUCGCUGUCUGUCACCCCAAGGUCAACCCCAAUAGUUUCUUCAAGGACUGUCUGUUUGACCUGUGCGAGCUGGAUGGUGCUCAACCCAUCCUGUGUGAGUCCAUCGAGUCGUACGUCAACGACUGUCAGGACCGAGGAGUCACCAUCGGAACCUGGAGGAACAGCACCUUCUGCCCUCUGACAUGCCCCCCCAACAGUCAGUACGUGCCCUGUGCCGCCCCUUGCCAGCCCAGCUGUGCCUCCAGACCCUCCACAGGGUGUGAUGCUCCCUGUUCAGAGGGCUGUGUGUGUGACCCUGGUUACGUCCUCAGCGCUGGGAAGUGUGCCAAAGAGAACUCCUGUGGCUGCAAAGGCACCAACGGACAGUACUACGAGCCUGGUGAGGAGUGGUACCUGGAGGACUGUAAGCUGAAAUGUUAUUGUAACGCUCCCUUCGUCACCUGCAAUCCCUCUGAUUGCCCUCCAAUGCACGAGUGUAAGGUCCAGGGAGGAGAGCUGGACUGCUACCCUACAAGUUCCCAGGACUGUGUGAUCUCUGGAGACCCCCACUACAAUACAUUUGAUGAUAGGUUCUACAGCUUCAUGGGGACCUGCACCUACACCCUGGCCAGGACCUGCAAGAACCACACAGGUCCCUGGUUCUCUGUGGAGGGUAAGAACGAGGAGCGUGGUCUGGCUGGAGUGUCCUACCUGAAAAAGCUCUACGUCACUGUCGAUGGAAUCACUGUCACACUAAUGAAGAGCAGGAAGACUCUGGUGAAUGGAAAGCGAGUGUCCCUCCCUCACUCCCCCUCUCCGCUCAUCUCUCUAUCGCUGGCGGGUCAGUACGUCACGCUGCAGACUCCGUUCGGCCUCAAGGUGCGCUGGGACGGAAACCACUACGCCCAGAUCUCAGUGCCCAGCUCCUACUCUGACAAGAUGUGUGGUCUGUGCGGCGACUACGACGGUAACCCUAACAACGACUUCACCAAGCCGGACGGAUCCCAGGUCACCACCUCCAAGGACUUUGGAAACAGCUGGAAGACCGAGGAAGAUGAGGAUGUCACAUGCAAACCCGACACCGACCCAGAUCCACACUGUGAUCCCUCACUAGAGGCAGAGGUUUCCAAACCUGAGAACUGUGGGAAAUUAACCGACACCAAAGGACCCUUCAGGGAGUGCAUAGCGUCGGUGGACCCUAGUCCGUUCUUCCAGAGCUGUGUGUAUGACAUGUGUCGCUUCGUGGGCCAACAGCAGAUGCUGUGUGACCAGCUUCAGGUGUAUACCGACGCCUGCCUGAGCGCAGGGAUCAAGGUCCACCCCUGGAGGGAGCCAGAUUUCUGCCCUCUGGCCUGUCCUCCCAACAGUUCUUACUCCAUGUGUGUGAGCUCCUGUCCAGAGACAUGUCUGGGUGUCAGCGGCCCCCCUGGUUGCUCCGAGGUGUGUGUGGAGGGGUGUGAGUGUAACCGUGGCUUUAUCCUCAGUGACGACAAGUGUGUUCCUGUUAAAGACUGUGGCUGUGUCAACUCCUCUGGAGACUACCAUCCUGUGGGGGACGCCUGGUACCUGGAGGGCUGUAAGGAGAAGUGUGUGUGUCUGGGUGGAGGGGUGCUACAGUGUCACAACACCACCUGUACCCCGGCAGAGAGCUGCGGACUGCAGGAUGGGGAGUUAGGAUGUUACCCACUGGAAACAGGUAUCUGCACUGUACAGGGCGACCCUCACUACACCUCUUUCGAUAAAAAGGUGCAUAACUUCAUGGGUUCCUGUUCCUACACUCUCACCAAGCCGUGCAAUGAGUCCUCCGGCUUGCCGUACUUCACCGUCGACACGCAGAACGAGCACCGAGGCAGCAACAAGAAGGUGUCGUACGUCCGAGCCGUCAUGGUCAAGGUCUCCGGGAUGACUGUCAUCUUGGGAAAGGGACGCAAAAUACAGGUCAACGGUACCCUGGUGACCCCUCCCGUGACUCUGACCAAUGGGGUGAAGGUCUACCUGAGCGGGAAGUUCGUUGUGUUGGAGACAACCUUUGGCCUGCGGGUGAGGUUCGAUGGUAACCACCACGCUGACGUCACUCUGCCCUCCUUCUACAACCAACUGCUCUGUGGACUUUGUGGAAACUUCAAUGACCAACCUGGUGAUGACAACAUCAAGCCAGAUGGUAAACCAGCCGUCAACACCAACGAACUGGGAGAGAGCUGGCAGGUACCAGAUGACCGCCCCGACUGCACCCACGGUGGAGGAGAGGAGGAGUGUGAUCCCAAGGUGGAGGCAGAGGCUGUGAAACCUACCAGCUGUGGGAUGAUCAGUGACCCUAUCGGUAUCUUCAAGCCGUGCCACGCGGUGGUUCCCCCCAACAUCUACCAGGAGAACUGUGUGUAUGACCAGUGUGCUACAGGAGGAGAGACGGUGGCUCUGUGCCAGGCUAUAGAGAGUUACGCUGACCUGUGUGCCUUGGCUGGAGUACCCAUCGCAUGGAGGAACAACACCUUCUGUCCUCUGAAGUGUCUCCCAGGCAGCCACUACGAGCCCUGUGGUAGCGCCUGUCCCUCCAGCUGUCAGAACCCUACUUUCAACUCCACCUGUAACCAGCCCUGUGUAGAGGGGUGUGUGUGUGACCUCGGACUGCUCCUCAGCGGAGACAAGUGUGUCCCACCCAGCCAGUGUGGCUGCACCGAUGAGGAUAACAACUAUAGACCGGUGGGAGACAGUUGGUUCACUGAGCUGGACUGUUCGGAGCGUUGUAGGUGUAACCGUGGCAACAACAUGACCUGUGAGCCGUGGCAAUGUAGCCCCGCCCAGGAGUGUAAGGUGUUGGAGGGAGAGCUGGGAUGUUUCUCAACAGGUUUGGCUGUGUGUCAUGUGUCUGGAGAUCCUCACUACUACACCUUCGACGCUGUCAUGCACACAUUUAUGGGUACCUGUACCUACACCCUGGUAGAGGUGUGUAACUCCACCAAGGUAACUCCGUUCACCAUCGUGGCGAAGAAUGAGGAGCGCGGCCAACCAGAGGCGUCUUACGUGCACUCUGUUACAGUCUACCUUCCCAACGCCAACGUCACGCUACAGAAGAGCCGCAGAGUUCUGUUGAACGGGCACAGGGUGCGUACUCCUCUGUCCAUCGAUGUGGCCGGGGCCAGGAUCUUGAGUAGUGGUGUCUACAUUCUACUGGACACUAACUUUGGCCUGAAGGUGAAGUUUGAUGGAGUCCAUCACCUGGAGAUCAUCGUCCCUGGAGAGUACUUCAACAAGGUGUGUGGUAUGUGUGGUAACUUCAACAUGAACACGUCUGAUGACAACCUGAAACCAGAUGGAAAGCCGGCCAAGGACGUGAUGGAACUGGGCAACAGCUGGAAGUCAGAGGGAGACUCAGACCCAGGGUGCUCGCCAGAUGAGCGUCCCAGCAUCCACCCCAACUGCACGACAGAAGAAGAGAACCAGUAUGAGACCCUGUGUUCUUCUGUUGUCCUCGGAGACAAGUUCAAGCCCUGCCACUCUUUACUGUCCCCAGAGGCUUUCCUGGGGACCUGUGUGUAUGACAUGUGUGAAUAUGACGGCAUGCAGGCCACACUGUGUGAUAACGUGGAAGCAUAUGCCCAAGCCUGUCAGUCAGCCGGGGUCACCAUCAGCUGGAGGAACAAUACAUUCUGUCCCCUGCCGUGCCCCCCCAAUAGCCACUACUCUGACUGCACGGCCCCCUGCCCCCCCACCUGCUCUGACCUGUUCCCCACGCUCUGCCACCUGCCCUCUACCACCUGCGUCGAGGGGUGCCAGUGUGACGCCGGGUUUGUCCUUAGUGAUGUGCAGUGUGUUCCUCUGGCCAAGUGUGGCUGUGUGGACAGAGUGGGAGAGUACCAUGAUGUGGGUGACUCGUGGUUGACUGACCACUGUGAUGGCCAGUGUACCUGUAACCUGGGAGGCUCCAUAACCUGCUCAGACGUUAAAUGUCCCGACAAUUCUGUCUGCAUUCUGGACAAAUAUGGAGAACUCUACUGCAAACCUGAGAAGUUCAACAGGUGCAAUAUCCACGGUGACCCCCACUACCGUACGUUUGAUGGGCUCACCCACCACUUCCAGGGCCCCUACACCUACACCCUGACCCAGGGUCACGACCUCCCCAGCUCACUGGUCGAUCUGCAGGUCAGAGGGAAGAACGUCCGUCGUGGUGGCAGCAGGAAGGUCUCCUACCUGGAUGAGGUGUAUGUCGAUGUCUACGGAGUCAGUAUCCGCUUCCUGCAGAAGAAAGUAGUACUGGUGAACGGUGAGCGUGUGGCUCUUCCUCUCAGUCCUAGAGGCGGCCUGACCAUCACGAUAAACUCGAAGAACGUCCAGCUGGUCGCCGACUUCGGCAUGACCGUACGCUUCGAUGGCAAGCAGCACGGAGAGGUGAUCCUACCCAGUACGUACAGAGACAGGGUGAGGGGUCUGUGUGGGAACUAUGAUGGGGUCUCCAGGAAUGAGUACAUGAAACCAGAUGGAACCGUGACACGGAACCUUGAAGAGUUUGGAAGUAGCUGGAGGGUGACUGACAGGCAGGGGGCGGAGCUAGUGACAUCAGAACUCCCCAAGAUGGUGCACCUGCACAGGCGUGAUGUGGAGACCGACCCAGAGACAGGCUUUGAGACAGCAGGUUGUACUGACGCUCAGCUGGCUGAGUUCAAGGGUAUUAAACAGUGUGGAGCCGUAUCAGACCCUACAGGACACUUCGCUGCCUGCCAUGCAUCACUACUGCCCUACAGCUUCCAGGAGGACUGUUUGUUUGACCUGUGUGCGGAUCAGGAAACCGACUCCCUGCGUUGUGACAGUUAUGAGGUGUACGCCCUGGCCUGCCAAGAGGCUGGAGUCAAACUGGGCAACUGGAGACAACAGCUGGGCUGUGUCCUGAGCUGUGAAGCCAACAGUGCCUACUCUGAGUGUAUGACCCCUUGCCCUGCCUCCUGUGCUGAUCUGGCCGCGCCCUCCGAGUGUGACUUCACUGCCUGUGUUGAGGGGUGCCAGUGUUCCCCAGGAUUCACCAUGAGCGGAGGCAUCUGUGUUCCCUACAGCGAGUGUGGCUGCACCUACCUGGAUAGAUACUACCCUCUUAAAGAGAGGUUUGUGACAGAGGACUGUGCCCUGUCCUGUGAGAGUACGCCCUCGGGCGCCGUGUGCCAACCUAAAGGCUGUUAUGACACACACGUCUGUACUAUCUUCAACUUCACACGUGACUGCUACAAAAAGAGCCCGUGUCUGAGUGACCCCUGUCUGAACAACGGUAUAUGCUCAGAGAUUACAGUAUAUUUAUUCAGCUGUCAGUGUCCAGAGGGUUUCGAGGGCAACCUGUGUGAGAUUGAGAAGACGGAUACCAGUGGAGGCCUGGAUAAGAACACGAUCAUAUUCAUCGCAGUCCUGGUGCCUCUGGGAAUCAUCAUCAUAGCAUUGAUCUGUGUGUUAUGCUACAAAUGCUGUAGAAAGAACAAAGAAAAUAAGUAUUAUUGUGACAGCACAGAUUCAAGCACCCAGUACAACAUGCAUCUUAAGGACAGCAACAUCAAAUACGACAACUUCGGCAACAAUGAGAAGAAUGCAAGCAACAAUGUGACUCCCAUGUAGCUGGAGAGAGAGAACUCAAGAGUUCCAUGUUUACUGGCAGAUGAAUGUACAGAGGUCACACACAAACACAAGCUAGACCCUAACAGUGGCAUGAUACUCAAUAAUAAUACAUGUCAUUUAGUAGAUGCGUGCAUACAAUUAUACAACUAUUUUUUUUGUGCAAAUGGGUGGCCCCAGGAAUCAAACCCACUAUCCUGGCAUUGUAAGAGCCAUGCUCUACCAACUGAUCUACAGAGGACCACUCUGUAAAUCCAGUAAAAUGCUGACAAGUUUACUUUAAAAUGCAUUUUAAAAUGCACACAAAUUCAUGACAGUCCGUAACGUCAAUGUUAAAUAUUUGUCCCGAUAUUAUUUGUAGAAUUUGUGAAUAUUGUCAUUAUAUUACCUGCUUUUAUUAAUGUAUUCAUGAUUUUGUUGUUGUAAUUUGAUCAUGUGUGAAAUAUGAGAUGUCAGAAAAGAUCCAAGGAAAAGUGAAAUUAUUAAAUGCCUAAAGUGCCUAAGAUGAUAUUGAUUGAAUUAAAUUAUUUUGCUGCAAGCAUAAAA